AGGAGUCUAACCAAGUAUGGUAGAGGGUACAGCCACUUCAGGCCCUCAUUUCUCUCACCGCACGUCUGCGUCAACCAGUGCUAUUCUCCGUUGGGGGCCUGUUCAUUGCCAAGAUAUCGUGCAUGCCUACAGAUGCACCGCCCGUUCGUGUUGUCGUUCGUUUGCCAUACAAUAGGCCCGAGAAUCCGCCUAGCGACCCACCACGAAUAGAAUGGACCCCAGAAAAGGCGGACAUUUUGUGGAAGGUAAUUGAGCGGUCACGGACGACUGACAAUGGAGGAACAGACUGGAAAGGAUUGGCGGCUCACCUUGAGGUUCCGUUACCGUACCUUUUAUACCGUGUUCACGCCAGAUUCCAAGAGGAACUCAGAGGGCUGCAUAACAUACCUGGCGUCGUAAGUCCUUCUGCUACUACCCGUGUGCCAGGCAAAGCAGGAGAGGAAUUCCCCUUCACCGAGCCACCGUCCAUGGCUGCACGAGCGGCUAGCAGGUUGGCCAGCAGCUCUCGACUUUCUGGCUCUGGCGGACGUAAUUCGACACCAUUGGGAAUCCGUGCCCGCCUCAGCUCACUAGGCCACAAUUCUCCUCGGCCGAAAAAGGCGUCUUCGUCUUCUACACUUACGCUACAGAGCACUGCGAAACCUCAAGUCCCUGUUCGUGCCCCCUCAGCGUCGUCAUCGGAAAGCACAGAUUCGGAGGACGAGGAUGUGCUGAAAGAAGAGGAAGCUGACCGGCAGGCAGAGGAACAAGAAGCUCUGGAUAGAAAGCUAAAGGACCUCCAGAAGAUGAUGACGAGUGACUCCUUGGGACUUGUUAGCCUCGGAAGGAAGAACGGACAGGUCAUCGACCGUGGUUGUAUGGGAAUGGUGUCGCCUAUGUCCAUUGGGAACUUGCGACGUGAUACCUAUUCGAGUCGGAGUGCUAGCCAGAGCCUGUCGAGUGCGAGUUCGCCACAGGGAUCAAUACCAGAUAUGCCCUCUCCACCUUCUGAAUCCCAGCCGCAUUCACCAAUCAGUCGACAUAUGUCGCCGAGUAAAUCAUCCAGUCCACCUGCUCUGUCUCCCCGCAGUGCAAUUGGGCAACGUUACGGGCAUCUCGUUCGUCGUACUGCCAGCGAUGGAAGUAAUGGUGGCUCUGAAGCUUCCAGUUUCAGUGAUAUCAGUGAUAGUUUGUCUAUCUCUUCAUUGGAGAACGCCAUGCUUUCGAAUAUGCGCGGCACCGGAUCUCGGCUUUCUUAUUUUACUAAGAGUCGUUUUGGAAGUAGAAGCAAUGGUGUCCCUCACUAAAUUUCGUGUAUUUUAGAAUUAAAUGGUACUGUAUCACUACAGACGUUCCGAAAAACGUUGUCCACACUGCCAAAUAAGGCAGGUAAAAUCAAAAAAUUAGAUAAAUACAAGAAAAUCGUAGAAAUAGCAAGCAGACUUCAUUUGUGCGUGUCAUUCAGUAGAAAUAUACGAAUUUAAUGAUCCAUGGGUGCUGC